AUGUCGGGACUCUACAGCCGUCGAGCGACUAAUGAAAAGCGUGGUAAGAAGCCGGGCAAAUCCGCUAUGGUGGUCGUCGUGGACAGUUAUCUUGAGUCCCCAAGUGGUGGUACAGCCUCCGAUCUGUAUCGAGCAGCGCGGAAACUCUCAGCACACAACGAAUUUUUCGCUGCAAACCACACUGCGCUGAGUUUGCAGCUGCUCGAUACGUUGGCAGAGCAUCUUCUCGCUGUUGUGGCGUCGAAUAAGGCAGCAGGUGUACAGGACGAGGCAUCAACAGAGUACUCGCAGUCGACCCAGUUGACUCUAGAGGACUCGCUGCAACUGCUAGAGCUCUGUUACUUGUUUGCAAGGAAAACGGCAAUUAGGUAUCCGUCACAUGCGCUGUGUAAGCUGUUGCAAUGGCUCGUCGAGAGCGUUUCAGUCUCAGCAUUGUGGAAUGGCUGCCAAGUGGACACAGGACUGAAGCUGCAACUUCUCGUAUUGACUGAGAUGAUUAAGAUAAGUGCUGGUGUUAGGAUUUACGCCAAGGAGAUGAAGAAGAUCAAGGAUUUCUACCGGGCCGCUACGGUACAUGUUAAUUAA